UGGAAUCAUUCCAUCGUUAUCCGCCGACGUAAAUACGUAAACGUCCAUACGCGCCGUGAAAGCCGUUUUUGUCGACCGCCGAUUGACAUCCACUUUUCACCGAGAACUGUCAAAUUACAAGGAUACGACAAUGAUCACAGUGAUUGAUGCUAUUCUAUGUUCAGGAACUCUGGACUCACUCGAGUGACUCCUCUGUGUUGUUUGUGACAUAUUAAUCUGUGGUGCGGAUUAUCUUACCAGGAGGAUUGUCGGUGGUCGAGUCCGCCGGUCGAUCCUAAUUUGUUUUCCUUUCGCACGUGGACUUACUGCAGGUCACAACGCUGGAACAUUUAAGGCCCAUCGUGGCUUCAAUCAACACCCUCAUCGGCAAUUGUGAGAAUAUGGAGGCCACGUAUUGCGUCGGAAACGAUGUAGACGUUUGCAGAAUGUUCGAUCAGUAUUUGUAUAAGAGGUCCGAAAACGUUGAUUUGUCGCUAAGUAUCCCACAGAGCAAUUUCCAAUCGAACGGCUACGAAAUGAACGAUCAGACAUUUCACACGCCAAGUUUCGGCGACGAGGAAUUCGACAUUCCCGCCAUCAACCCCCAGCAACAGCAAGCUCAGCAGCAGCAGCAGCAACAGAACCACCACGGCCAUCAGAACCACCCCGAUCAGCAGCAGCACUAUCAGCCGCCCAUGCAGAGCAUGCAGCAGAUGAGCCAGCAGAAUCAGCAACAGGACGCUAUGGGCAUGCACGACCCUACCGGGGGUUACCAGCAACCCCUCUACCUGUCCGGCCCUGACCACGGCAUGGUCAACCCUUCGUAUCACAGUCCGCAGAGCAACUACUCCCUCAGUCAGCAGCAACAGCAGCACAACAACCAGCUGCUGAUGAUCCAACAGCAGCAGCAACAACACCAGCAGAUGAUGAUGAGUCAUGGACAACCGCCUCCCGGUAGCAUGGGAGGGUAUGGGGCUUCGCCUCAGCACCCUCAGGGUAGGGGUAACAGUCCGCCCGCUGCUCCUGGUCAAGAACACACCACCAGCGAUGACAGCGACGACAGCACCCCCCACCCGGCCAUGGUACGUUGUCCUAUAGUAAUGAACCCAAUGAAGAGACCGUCUCCGGAGCCAGCCGAUCAAACGAUAACAAAGGCACAAAAGAAACCCAAGGUGCAGAAAAAGAAGAAAAAGAGGGAUCCCAACGAGCCACAAAAACCAGUUUCUGCUUAUGCACUGUUUUUCCGAGAUACUCAGGCUGCCAUAAAGGGCCAAAAUCCGAAUGCAAGUUUUGGAGAAGUAUCCAAGAUCGUCGCAUCGAUGUGGGAUGCAUUGGAUUCCGAACAUAAAAAUGUCUACAAAAAGAAAACUGAAGCCGCUAAAAAAGAAUAUCUCAAGGCCCUUGCUGCCUACAGGGCGAGUUUGGUAUCGAAAGGUGCUGGCGAGGGUGAUGGUAUGUACGGAAACUACAGUAACUACACUCCAAAUAAUCCCCAAUAUGGAGGUUACAACCCCCAGGGUAGAGCAGUUCCCUCCCCACCGAUGUCUCAAGCCCAGACUCCUCCUUCCAAUCAGCAGGGAGGACCGAUGGGAAAAAAGCCUCAGGGUAUGAUGGGUCCCGGAGGGCCUAUGAACCCUGGGCAACAAGGACCACAUCCGGGUAUGAUGCAGUCCCCCAUGGGGCACAUGGGCAUGGGACACAUGCAACAGCCACCGCACAAUAGUUACAUGCAGCAGCCACAUCCAUCACAACACAUGCCGGUGUCCCCUCAGCAGCACGUUCCCCACUCGCCCCAACAACACGUACCAGUGUCCCCCCACAUGCAACACAUGAGCCCCCCACCCAUGGUUUCCAGUUCACCGCCCGUGUCUGCGCCCUCGCCCGCCAUACCAACGUCAGUGGCGCAGCAACAAAGUAUGGCCGCCCAGGUUGCCGCCCACCAACAGCAGCAGGCCGCAGCUGCCCAUCACCAAGCGCAGCAAGGUCAGAUGGGACCUGGUCAGAGGCCCAACUCUUGCAUACGUAACGGGUGUCCCAAUCCAGCUAUCACAAAUCCCGAAUGGGAAGAUGAGUAUUGCAGUAACGAAUGCGUUGUGAGUCAUUGCAGAGAUGUAUUCACAAAUUGGGUCGUCAGUAACAAGAACCAAUCACAAAAUUUUUCCACUGUUAAAUAAACAAUAUCCUAUUUAGGCUAAGAAAAUGAGACAUUUAUAGAAGCAAUACCAACAAAUUGUUACUUUGAGCCAUACACUAAGAUUUGGAAUGAAGUAUAAUAAAAGGCAACAUUAAGAGCACUCCUAAUAAACCAUAAUAGAUAUUCAUUGCAAAAUUUCCCAAUUUAAAGAAAUAUUUUGAUACGAAGAGUUGCAGGAAACUUAAACCGAUCGAUGUGUGUAGUUCAAAGUUCAAUAAAAACAGAAUUUCUUAUGAAUUUCGAAAUUCUAAUGUGUGCAACAUGUGAAAAAUCUGAAGUUUCUUUGAAAUAGUAUAUAAUAAAAAUAGAGUAUUAAGAAAGUUGUACAUAAUGAAAGAUAUUGGAAAAUGAUAAUCAAUUCCUAGCACCAGAAAGUGGUCGAAGUGUAUGUACUUGUGAAAGCAAUAGAAGAGAGCAAUACAAAUGAGGAGUCAGAUAUAGUGAGGCUGUACUGGGCAGGUUGACGAAAACAUAAAAAUUUUUUUCAAUUUUCAUUGAAUUUUAUAUCUGUUGGAUAACUAUUGUUUAAAUGUUUUUAUUUGGAUUAUAAAUAUGUAUUUAUUAUUCAAUUGGUAAAUGUAUCUUAUAGCAACAAAUUUACUGUUAAUAAAAUAGUGACAACGUUA